AUGUUUCAUUUAAUUGUGUACAGCGACGAAAGUCUACAAAAAGUAAAACGCUCGCUGAACGUUUUUGAAAAUAUUUAUGAUCAAAAUGGAAACAAGUUUGAAAAAUCAGUUGAACAGAAUAUUAAAAAAUGUAUGGAUUUAGAUGUUCCAAAAUAUAUUCAUAAAUUAAUUGAUGAUGAAAAUAAGGAUUAUAAAGAAUAUAUUAAUGAAGAUAUUUAUAAUUUUUAUCUUAGAAAAGAUAUUAUACAAUUUUUUACUUGUAAUUUGAUACAAUUAUAUAUUAAGGAUACAAAAAAUUGUGAUUUAUAUUUAAUUGACGAAUGUGAAGAAGAAAAAAAAGAAAAAGAAAAAAAAGAAUCAAAAUGUAAAGAUGACAAACAAAAAUAUAAAAAUACACAAAAUUUAUUUAAAAAAGAAAAACAUGCACUUGAUGAAAAUAAUGUUUUGUCAUCAUCUAAUAAUACAGAUGAUAUUUCUGUUGGUAUUAAUCUCCCGUUACAUCGUUCUCAUAUAUUACUUAUACUGUCCUUACCAACGUAUUACACAUUUUACGAGUUCUUUUUAUUAAUACAAGGUUUUAUGAAUUUUAUUGUUCACAUCAAAAUAUUUAAGUUAAACGGUUAUUUAAACUUUCUCAAGAAAAAAAAAAAAAAAAAAAAAAAAAAAAAAAAAAAAAAAUUCAAUAAUAAAAACAACCAUAACAAUAAUAAUAAUAACAAUAAUAAUAACAAUAAUAAUAACAAUAAUAAUAACAAUAAUAAUAACAAUAAUAAUAACAAUAAUAAUAACAAUAAUAAUAACAAUAAUAAUAACAGUAAUAAUAAUAAUUAUUAUUAUUAUAAUAAUUGUUGUACUUAUAGUUGUUGUAUAGAUAAGAUGAAUAAAAAAAAUAUCAAGGGAAAUAUAAAAAAAAAAAGGACUCAAAAUAUACAUGGGGACACACAAACGAAUUCAUAUAAUGAUAAUACCAAACCUCAAAGCAAAGGUAAACAAAAAGUAAAUACUUUAAAUAAUGAAAGUAACACAUAUAUACAUAAUAAAGAAUUAUGUAAAUUAAAUAAUAAGAAUUAUAAUAAAUUUGCUCAUGUAGAAAAAAAGGAACAAAAAUGUUAUAGCGAAAAUAUGUAUACACAUAAUAAUAUUUAUGAUGAUCAUUUAAAUUCCUAUGAUCAUAUGGAUGAUAGCUCUAUUAGUUCUGGAUCGUAUUUAUAUGAAGAUUAUAUUAAAAAUGUGUCAUUAAGACAACAAGAAAAUAAAUCAUUAAAUAUACGUGUAAAAGAUAAUUCGAAAGAUAGAUAUAUGGAUAAUCAAAAUGUUCUGGAUUUAUUACAUGUAAAUAAUGACAUCAACAAUAAUAAUAUUAUUAGUAAUAUUAAUAAUAAUAUAAAUGGUAAUGAUUAUAAUUGUUGCCAUAAAAAGAAUUCUUUAAAUUAUUAUAAUUUUCUUCAUACAGAUAAACUCUUGUCCUCAUAUAACAAAAUGUACCAUUAUAUAAAAAAAAACUUAAAAAAAAAAAAAAAAAUUCAUACCUAUUCGAUCCUUAUAUUUUUCAAGACACAAAUAUAUGCUGAUAUGUUUUAUAAAAAAUUCCAUUGUAGAAAUUUAAGUUCCUUUAUGUGUAGGAAUGUAUCACAGAAAAAUGUAAAAAAUUUUUAUGAUAACUGGUAUAUAUAUUGUGCAUUCGUAAAUUUGAUAUAUUAUAUAUUAAAUUAUAAAGAGAAUAUCGAAAAUGUGGGUACUAAUCAAUCUACUAGAGGGUACAUAUUAAACAAAAAUGUGUCUUCUGGGAUGUCUUCUGAUACAUAUGAUGAUAUAUCUGAUGAUAUAUAUGAUGAUAUAUCUGAUGAUAUAUCUGAUGAUAUAUAUGACGAUAUAUAUGAUGAUAUAUCUAAUAACUUGCGUGAUAAUGUCGGUAUACCUUGUGCUGAGAAAGAGAUGCCCUCGAAAUACCUAAACACAAGUAACAGAAAGAUAAAUAUGAAGGACCAUAUUUAUUCUUCACAACUUUUUAAUAUUAAUAAAUAUGAGAAAUUUAUAAAAAGUAUUAUUAUAGAUACCAAGAUAUGCAUUUCGACGUGUCUAUUAUGUAUGGAAUUAUUAGAUAAUGAUAUAUUUCUUCUCUUAACAAGAAAUGAAAAAAUAUGUAUUAAUAAAAAAAGAAAUAAUAAUUAUUAUGAAUAUAUUAAUUUGUCAUGUAAUGUAUGUACCCUGAUAUUUUUUUAUGAUAUUUCGUCAAAAUUGUUCAAUAGUGACUUUUGUGAUAUUUUAAAAACCAAAAAUUUGAAUCAACAACAAUUUGUUGGUUAUCUUGAAAAUUUGAUUUUUCUCUCAAAGGAUAAUAUGUUAGUUGGACAAAAUGAAAAUAAUGAUAAAACAAAUGGGGGUGAUAAAACAAACCAGUGUGAUAAAACAAACCAGUGUGAUAAAACAAACCAGUGUGAUAAAACAAACCAGUGUGAUAAAACAAACCAGUGUGAUAAAACAAACCAGUGUGAUAAAACAAACCAGUGUGAUAAAACAAACCAGUGUGAUAAAACAAACCAAUGUGGUGAUAAAUUACCUAAUGAUUGCUCCUUAAUCCCAAUGAACCAUUCGGAUCAUAAAAACAAAUGUGUAAUUAAACAUUCCUACAAGAUAUUCCUAAACAAAAGAGAAGAUGUUAUAUUAAAAGUGUUAUCCUUAAAUAAUAUGUUUAAUAAAUUAAAAUGUAAAAAUUGUAAUAAUGUUGAUGAUAUAUGGUUAUGUUUGACAUGUUCUAAUGUUGGAUGUGGACGGUAUCAUAAACGUCAUGCACAGAUGCAUAGUUCUUUGUUUAACCAUUAUUAUUGUAUAAACAUGAAAACAAAGAAGAUAUGGAAUUAUAUACUAGAUACUUAUAUAGAAGAAAGAGUACAUAAGAAUUUAGAAGAUAUUACUACAAUGCAUUCUGAAAAUUCAUAUGAUGAGUUUAAUAAAAAUAAAAGUAAUAAAAUUCAUAGUGAUAAUAAAAAUAAAAGUAAAAAGAAAAUGAUUCCUAAUAAUUAUCAUAAUAAUCGUUCUUAUUAUAAUAUACAUACAAAUGAAAAGAAAAAAAAACAAAAAAAAAAUUUCCAUCUUUUAUAUUAUGAUAAUAAUUAUAUUGAUGAUUUUUCAAUUUUUGAUCAAGAAUAUCCAUUAUGUGAUUAUAAUAAAAAAAUAUAUUAUAAAAUAUAUGAUAUAUUUACUAAUGAUAUAUAUAUAAAUGACAAUUUAAAAAAUGAAUUGUUAUAUAUAUUAUAUUCACAAUUAUCCCAUGAAUCUAAUAUAUAUAAUAAUAUUUUAAUAGAGCUUCAAUAUAUUUAUUUAAAUAAACUUGAACAUCCAAAAAAUAUUAUGAAAAAUGUUACAGAGAAAAUUAUGGAAUUACAAAUUCAAAAUAAUAAAAUAAAUUUAUUAUGUACACAUUUAGCUAGUUCUAUAAAAAAAAAUAAUAAUUUAAAAAAUUCAUUACAAGAAAAAAUUAAAUUUUAUAGAAAUAUAAAUAAUAAUAUUAUUCUACACAAAAAAAAUAAUAAUUUUAAUAAUUCAUCAAAUAAAAAUAGAAAUAAAGAAAAAAUGGAUGAUAAAGACAUAAAAAAAAUACACAAUCUGGAUCAAACCAUAAAACAGUUGCAAGAGCAAGUGGAUGCCUUAUUAACAAAUUUGUAA